CUUUAGUGUCUGUACCGUUUAGUGUUUAUGCAUGUACAACCAAAUAUUGUAUAAUGCAGGCCAGUAAAUAAUAAUUACAUGUUUCACAGAUGUUUAAUAUGAAUAAAGGUGACCUUUUUCACACUAAUGUAACUGCAAGGUAGCAGAGUGACAGCAGGUGAAACCACAGACUGUAUAUUAAAGAUGGAUGUAGCCACCAUGACAUCAGUCACCGGUUUCUGGACUCUGCAUUUUGAAGCCUCGGUGUUAGUGUUUAGGCUGUUGCGACGUUAUUGCCAUAACCUGCACAGGUAACAGACUCAUUCAUUAUUAGAAGAAUUCCACUUGUCCCAAUUGUAACGUGUAAAAACAAACCUAAUCUGGAGAUCUUUGUUUAUAAAAAAUUUGUCAUGAAUCCCAUUGGAUGGAAAAGAUUAAUAUUGUGUGCAUAAGGUUAAUAUAGUUCUAAAAUGUAUUGACAUUGACAUUAUUGGACACUGUUUUUAAGCAAGUACAAAAGUUGACUUGUUUUGUUUAACAAGGCCUGCCUGAUGUCUCAUCAUGCAAUUUAGGUCAAAACUUGUCUGGAACAUAAACUUUUUGGCAAAACAGUAAAUGAUGGAAUAUAUCUUUGCACAUAUUUGCAUUAGUACAUUUCUUUUGUUAAAAAACUGCAGUGUAUAAAAAUAUUUUCAGAAUUCUGUGUUUAAAACUUUUUUUUUUUUCCCCCCAAAUUUGUCUCAAUCCCGCUAUGUGUUAGUAUCACAGAGCAUAUUCACAUCUAAAUAUAUUCCCCGUGCAUGCAGCGCUUUAAUGUUUUGUCUGGGAUGUAGAUAAAGAGCUGAGUAGAGACACAGCGGGAAGAGAUUAGAGAAGACAAGAAGAUGGGGAUAAAACAACUGAGAGACUGAAAAAAUAAGACAAGAGACAGAGAUUUGGAAAUUGAGAUUCAGAGAAGACGUGGAAGCCGUAGAUCCGUCUCUUCGGCUCUUGCCUCCUCCUGUUGUAAAGAUGUGAAACUCCGACCUGAAUCUCUGUAGAGACUGACAACCCGUCAGAACACAGAAAAAACACACAGCUAAACAAAUACAGUAUAGAACCCUUCCUUUUCAGAGUUUGUUAGAUUUUACUCUUUUAAGAAACACAAGUUACCAAGAAGGUAUAAGUUUUAUAAACCUUGGUUUUUAGUAUUGCAGUCAUUAAACAGCCACAAAAGAUACAGCUGGCAUGGUUUCCUCAUUGGCUCUUUUACCAUUAUCCUAAAACAAUCAUCUUAUUGUUGGCAGAAUUAAAGAAAUCCUCUGUAAGCUUCUCAGUUAAGUUUUGCAUAAGCUGUCCACUAGCCUCUCAGUAAUUUUCCCUUGUUCUGUUUGUGUUCUGCUCCAUUCCUGUUACUGAUAACUGCACUGCUACACACAGUCCAGAAGUGACUUGUAGGUUUUAUUUGUGAUGCCUGUCCAUCCUGAGCAAAUCGCAGGCUCGGAUAGCACUAAUGCUUUCUCUUCCCACAGUGAGGAGCUCAUGUUGCUGCCUAGUGUUCCUUUACAUGACCCUCUCAGAACAACCACAGUGAGCUAAUUGCAGAUUUGAGGUCGAUGUCUUGGCUACUGCGGGCCAUGGUUUGCAUGCAGGUGGUCAGUUUUUAGACCCUGCCAACUUAUGCCACCGAUACAGUAAUUACACCUUGGUGUGCUGCGAUUCUGAAGUUUUUAAGAAUCUCUCUUUUUUCUGUUCAUGUGUGAGACUGCACACAAGCAAUCUGGAUUAUGCGUCAUUGUUGCAACCAGUGCAAUUUAUGUCCUCGACAUUAGAUGCUGGUAUGUGACUGUUGUCUGACAAAGUCAUACAUACUUAUUUGGCAGUGUUGUGCUACCAUAAAGUGCCAGAUGUUGUGUUGAUGUUGCUGCAGUUUAUUGCUCACUAUUAGAUCAUGAUAAAAAAUAUGGCACCAGCCCACAGAGGGGAUACUGUAGUUCAAAACAUCUUUGAUGUGCAUUUAUGGAAGGAACAGACACAAUAUUGGCUCUAUAUGGAAAUACUGCUGUCAACACUUUCAUCUUUAGCUGCUUUGGGAAGGAUAGCGGCCCGAGGCCUUGUACAUGUGCUUUAACCAAGUUCAACAGGCUUUUCUAUCAUGAGAAAGAUCACAGCUGCCUUCCACUAUGGUAAUAUGACUCAUUCUGGGAUAACCUUGCUGUUGAGCUUUUAUGUAUGGGAGCACUCCAAAGAGGGUUUGUUCUUGAGCUAUUUCAGCAUUUGCAGGCAUUACUUUAGUUUAUAGUUUUGUCAAAGGCUGCCAAGGAAACACUCGUGGAAAAUGACUGACCUUUGGUAUUCGUCUGUGUGCAGCCGAGUGAAUGCCUCGCCUCGAUUCAAGUGUACUAGACCAUGUUUUCUCAGCUUUAGCCAGUAGGAACUGUUCUGUAAUAUCCUGAACACUAAGUGAACACUUACCUGCUCUCUUAUUCACAAGGGGUCACCACAGUGGAUGGAUCCACAGACUUUAAAUUAUUGACGCAAUCCUCAAGGAUUUGUGCCUCCUGCUACUCUUAAACUGGUGAUCCUUUGUGUGUUAGGCAAAUGUGUUAACCACCACACUAUGGUAAUGCACUGAUUUGAUCAAGUAUUGUUAGUGUAUUACUAUGUGACUUUAACUCAGUAUUGCAUUCAGGUUUGUGUAUUAAACACAAUUCAUAUGAGUUUUGUCUGGGUAGUGUGUGUGUGUGUGUGUAUAUAUGUGGCAGUUAAAAUCUUUCAUAAAUUCAAGCAAGAUGUUUACCAGCCGCAGCCAGACAUGGCAUGAAGAAAAGGUGUUGAGGUGGGUUGCAAAGUGGCUUGCAAAUGUAUAGCGACUAAUAGACUACAUUAGAGGGCUGCUAUUUACGUAUCUUAAUCAGAUGCAAGGCCUUCAGCUGAGCCAUCAGGUGAUUUCUGUGAGCAUUAUGGUCAGCUGAUUGCAGCUGAGUUUGAUUUUUGUGCCAGCCUCAGCUUGUCAAUCUCACUAAAUGUGGGUGUUUUCUAAAACUGGUAUGGUUCCAAAACCUCAGAAACCACAUCCGCUACAUAAUAUCUUGUAAUUGGGUCACACCAGUCCCAGCAUCACUAACUUUUAAUAGUUUAAACCAGUUAAAUGGUAACUAACCACUAAAGUUCAAUUUAAAAGGAUUAUGAUUUAUUUAAAAAAGACUGGUUAGCAAUAUAUAGGGGCCUAUAGGGACUGGUUUGUUUCUUUGUUUGUUUUUACAUAAGAUAAUUCCAUAAACAUUCACCAAAAGGGUCCCUUAUCAAAUGUACUAACUGUUUUAGUUUUAAAAUCAACAUGUCAAUGCCCUCUGGUGGGCAAACUGUGCAUUAUUGUCUCUGAUUGUAUCAUACCUGCCUGGCUGCCCAGUUCUUGCAAUUUCUGGUUGCUGAUUGGCCGACAUAUAUGCACCACCAAUUUAUACCUGUCGUAACGUAGCAUUACCAUUUGGAUCUAGUGGUAUUUUUGUAAUUCAGUCACAAACUAUGACAAAUACUAAUGGAAAUGUACCAUAGCCAAAAGUGUAAUGAUGACUAUUUAAAAGUCAGACAUCCAGAGGUUUUGCACAUUGUCUUCCUUUUCCAGAAUGUGGCGUAGUGGGUAAUGAGCUCAAUCAAGUAUGUGCUUGGAUCUUUUAUUUCCCUUUAAAGUCUGGUCACUGGCAGGGCACUGUUCAUUCUAAUUAUCUAGUUUAAUGAACACCUCACCACCUCAGACUGCACCUGAGGGAUGUGGCCCGUGAGAGAGUGACAGGAUUAAGCCAGCUGUGACAUUACUUGGCUAUUGGAGCUUUCUGCUCUUCCUAGAUAUCCUCAGCAGCUCACAAUAAUCCUGGAGCUCCCGAGUCCUGUUGUAUUCUCCCCGGUGCUUAGAGAAAGAUGAAGUAAACAGACUAAACGUGGCCUAAGAGGAGGAGCCAAAGCAAACUGCAUUUCUUUGGCAGGAGAAUAGAUGGUGAUAUUGUUUCCAAACUGAAGAAAUAGCUCUGGUCUGCUAAAAGGAGAUGAACUUGAAGCAGUGCCCCCAUUUCCUGUGUGCGCCAUGUAAGUGUAUUUUACCAAGGGAACUGGGCAGCUUUGAGUUCAUCUGAAUGUCUGGAAGCUUUUUAAAAAAUCAUUAAGUUGGCUGCUGGCAGAGAGCUGCCCUCUGUUAAUUUCAUUCUUCUCUUGGGAAUAAAUUUUAUUUACUCUCCAGUCAUACAGCCAGACACGUAAUAAAAUUGCUUUAGGGCUCUACUACCUAGACGGUGGACCUUAAAAAUAUAGAUAUAUUUUUUUUCUUUCUCUUUUGCUAUCAGUGGUGCUACAGAAUAAAAUGUGUUCGUGCUCCCUAAUAUUGCUAAUAUCAGCCUCUGAUGGAGCUCACACAUGCACAGGUUCCUUGUCAGCACAUGUACUUCAAUGUAGAAAGUUAAAAUUUAAAAUACAAGCCCCAAAAAAAAAAUGAAAACAAAUGAUGCUUUGUAGAGUUAACCACUACCCUGCUUGCACAGUUUUCCAUAACAAUAACACCAUGUUUUAGUACUUUUUGAAAGCAUGCUGAAUCGCAUAGGAAUUUUCUAUUCGGUUGAUCGUGACUAGAUGUUUAUUAGAGGCCUUGGUUGGCUAGUAAGCUUCUAAAAGCAUUUGAAAAAUUCCAAUUUUUGAGCCUUACUUAAAGUUAAUGAACCCGGAACGCUUUUUUCUUUUCACAUGAAUAGUGAUUUAGAUGGCGGUGAGUUCUCUGCUCAAACCAAAGCGCAAGAGCUCAUUUUUUUUUCUCUCUCUCUCUCUUUUUCCUUUCAGGGAAUAAGCCUGCGUCUGCUUGAAAUAGAAAUAUUCACACCAGCGAUUUAAAGUGCAUAGCAAAUGAGAGGAGUGUGUGGGAAAUGCAGUAAAAGUUUCAUUGGGCGUAUCCUUGCCUACACUUUCCUACUGAUGUUGGGAGUGUCCCCUGAAAAUUGAAAACUCCCUUUUCUUUUCACUUUCUCUCUCUCGCUGCAUUCUCUUCAGCCCUUGUCUCUCCAUCUGCAGUGUUUGCUUACUCUUGCUUUCUCUGAUGUGCUGUGGCAGCCAUCUUGCCGGUCACGACUGGCUGCUCUGGAGCACUCUACAGAGCUGCGUGACAGCAUUUGGGGUCCCUGGACAUUACCAAACCCACCCCCAAGUGCAUGGACACACCUCUUCUAAAAACAUCUUUUUUUUUUUUCUUCCUUUUUAAUCUGGUUUGUAAAAUAUUCUGGUUCUCACACCCUCUUCCCCUUCCUUUCAGUAUCGUUCCUAGUCAUCCCCCCUCUUUCUCAACAAGACAAACCCUUGGAUGCACUGCCUCGGGUUUCAAGACAAGGAGAUUUGACUUGCAUGAGGUCUUGGCCUAUGCAUCUCUCCUUUUAAGGCGCUCUCAGUGUGUGUGCAUGUGUGUAAAGCGCAUGCUAAUGUGGGUUGGUGUUGGUCCUUGCAAUCAGACUGAAGAUGACAAUCCAGGGGGGCACAUUGUGUGAGCCAGCACUCUGAGCUCCACAGAUGGAAGGAGAGAUAAGGAGACGGCGAGCUUUAGACAGAGACAGGAGAGGGCCGCUAUCCACUUCCACACUUCACUUUUUAACUUCGUUUUCGAUUCGCACCUCACAGAUCCAAUAGCCACUAUGAAACCAGCUUUUAUCGAGAAGAUGAUGACUAUGAUUGGUGCAGGCAUUGAUUUUUCCAGAGAUCAGCAAUACGCUACACCAGCAGGUGCUGCAGGCCGACUGCUGGACCAGCCCGUGGGAGACUGGCUGGAGCAUGUGGGUCUGCCGCAGUACGAGAGCAAACUACUCCUGAAUGGAUUCGACGACCUUCACUACAUGGGGAGCAAUGUAAUGGAGGACCAGGACUUGAGAGAGAUUGGAAUCGCAGAUCCGAGCCACAGAAAGAAGAUCCUGCACGCAGCACGUUCCUUUCCAAAGGUGAAAGCGCUCGGCUGUGACGGCAGCAACUCCCUGUCCUCCUGGCUGGAGAAUCUGGGCCUGCAUGAGUACUUGCAAAACUUCCUGUCCAGCGGCUACCGCACUCUGGACUGCGUCAGAAACCUGUGGGAGCUGGAGAUUGUCAAUGUGCUAAAAAUUAGCCUACUUGGUCACAGGAAACGCAUCAUCGCUUCCUUAGCGGAGAGGCCUUAUGAAGAGCCUCCUGUCAAACCUCCUCGUUUGUCUCAGAUCAGGUGUCAAGACCUGCCUGGAUCCCAGACUUCAUCUCCCAUGAGUCAGAUGGAGCCCUACACAGGACGCUCAAUGGACCCUCUGCUGCCUGCAGGCGAGCCAGGGAGGAAAAAAGCACAAGAAAACGACUACGACGUUACCCAAAGAUAUCGCAGCGAACGACACAGGCCUCCUGAGCGACAUGAAGACUGGCAACGAGAGCCCCGCCUGACCUUGCGGCCACCUAGUCUAGCAGCACCGUACGCCCCGGUUCAGAACUGGCAUCACCAACCAGAGAAACUCAUCUUUGAAUCCUGCGCUUAUGAAGCUAGUUAUCUUGGUUCCAUGCUUAUUAAGGAACUAAGGGGCACUGAGUCCACGCAGGAUGCUUGUGCCAAAAUGCGGAGGUCAACAGAGCAAAUGAGAAAAGUCCCGACUAUCGUCCUCUCAAUCACAUACAAGGGUGUGAAGUUUAUCGACGCAGCCAACAAGAACAUCAUUGCAGAGCACGAGAUCCGUAACAUUUCUUGUGCAGCCCAGGACCCAGAGGACUUGUGCACAUUUGCCUACAUCACUAAGGACCUGCAGACCAGCCACCAUUACUGCCAUGUCUUCAGCACAGUAGAUGUGAACCUGACCUAUGAGAUUAUACUGACACUGGGCCAGGCGUUUGAGGUAGCAUAUCAGCUGGCUCUGCAGGCCCAGAGGACCAAACCGCACCAGAGCGUCCCAGCUGGAUCUGGAUCAGAGGUCAUUGAGACCAAGUCCAGCAAACCUGUGCCCAAACCACGAGGCAGCAUACGCAAAACAGCGGGGGACAUCGUGGACCAGGAAGGCGAUUCUCAGUCCCAGGGUAGUGCCACGUGGCUCAUGGACCCCAAAGAAUCCAAGCGCACUAUCAGCACUAAGUACGAGACCACCAUUUUCUGAGUGGACCUCUCUUCCUCCUGGGCUCAGCCUCACCCUCCUUCCUUCCCCUCCUUCUGUGUGCCUUUCACUGUGACGCUGCCUCUUUCUCCGCGCUGGACCUCUGCUCCUCCCCACCGCCAUCACUUGUUUCCUCCUCCGACAACACCACAGUCUGUGGCAACUGACCAGCUGUUGCCUCUUCUUAUGUUUAACUCCCAGCACCUUUACACUUUUUCUCAAUUAUUAAUGCAACCCCUCCACCUCGCCCACCGUCUUCUAGCUGUCUAGUUGGUAUCUCUUCUACUGUGAGCCUGCCACUCACUUUCCCUUUUAUUCCUCCUUUCUGUUUACCUUAUAUGCUUCCUCCAACAAUGCUUCCCCCUUUUUUUUUUUUUUUUUUUUUUUUU